CCCCAUUCUCCACGUGGCCAUCCGCGGUAAGCCGGACCCGGAGCGUGUGACACAACACACAGGUGACAGGAGCCGGGCCACUCCCUCUCCCUGCCAAGAAACCCACACCCACCACACCCGUCCUCUCCAAAAUCCCCCAACCACCAGCCUCCUCCUCCUCCUCCUCCUCCCAGAUCCGCCUCCCCGCCCCGCCCCCAGAUCCCCCACGCAGGCGAGCGAACGCGCGCGCGCGCAGGCCCAGAUCCGCCCGCCGCCCCGCCGGAGCAGCCAUCCAUGGCGAAGGAGGCCGGCGGCGAGGGGGCCAUGUCGGAGUCGGUGCUGCGCAAGGUGCUCGUCUCCUACUGCUACGUCGCGGUGUGGAUCUUCCUCUCCUUCACCGUCAUCGUCUACAACAAGUACAUCCUCGACCCCAAGAUGUACAACUGGCCCUUCCCCAUCUCGCUCACCAUGGUGCACAUGGCCUUCUGCUCCUCCCUCGCCGUCGCGCUCGUCCGCGUCUUCCGGGUCGUCGACCUCCCGUCCUCGCCCGCCAUGACCACGCAGCUCUACACCAGCUCCGUCCUCCCCAUCGGCGCGCUCUACUCGCUCUCCCUCUGGUUCUCCAACUCCGCCUACAUCUACCUCUCCGUCUCCUUCAUCCAGAUGCUCAAGGCGCUCAUGCCCGUCGCCGUCUACUCCAUCGGGGUGCUCUUCAAGAAGGAGACCUUCCGCUCCUCCGCCAUGCUCAACAUGCUCUCCAUCUCCUUCGGCGUCGCCAUCGCCGCCUACGGCGAGGCCCGCUUCGACCUCCGCGGGGUCGCGCUCCAGCUAGCCGCCGUCGCCUUCGAGGCCACCAGGCUCGUCCUCAUCCAGAUCCUCCUCACCUCCAAGGGGAUCUCGCUCAACCCCAUCACCUCGCUCUACUACGUCGCGCCCUGCUGCCUGGGGUUCCUCUUCCUGCCCUGGGUCUUCGUCGAGCUGCCCAGGCUGCGCGCCGUCGGCAUGUUCGAGCCCGACUUCUUCGUCUUCGGCACCAACUCCCUCUGCGCCUUCGCGCUCAACCUGGCCGUCUUCCUGCUCGUCGGCAAGACGUCGGCGCUCACCAUGAACGUGGCCGGCGUGGUCAAGGACUGGCUGCUCAUCGCCUUCUCCUGGUCCGUGAUCCGGGACACGGUGACCCCGAUCAACCUCUUCGGCUACGGGAUCGCCUUCCUGGGCGUGGGCUACUACAACCACGUGAAGCUGCAGGCGCUCAAGGCCAAGGAGGCGCAGAAGAAGGUGGCGCAGGCGGACGAGGAGGCCGGCUCGCUGCUGCAGGAGCGCGACUCUCACGGCGGCGAGCGCAAGACCGAGACCCAGUCAUCAUAGAGCCGCUCAUCUCAUCCGAUCCGAUCCGAUCCAACAACACCAACAGCACGCCCAAUUUGGUUGGUUCUCUCAGUCCGGCGUAGCAGGUUCCCCGAAAUGUGAUCCUUACAUGUUUGAUGAUGCAAAAUCUGUUCAUUUCUUGCCUUAAUUUGUGGUAGGAAGGCAAAUAAAUACAGGAAACAUGACAAUUUUUGUGCCGGGCGUGUGAAAAUACGAUAGUUCUUAGCAGACAGUGCUACUACCAGUAUCAAAAAAAUUGUAUUCCGUUGUCUAUUGUAUCAUCAUCAUCUUUGUACCAGUACCAAGCAUUCGCAUUGCAUCGAGUAAGUUGGUGCCGUAGAGAUGUGGCGAUCGAGCAGCAGCUAGUACUAAUAAAAGAUUCAAUUUUCGAAA